CAAAUAUAUACUGUGACAAUAAAAUAAGGUGUAUAAAAAUCUUUGUAAGGCUUUGCGUAGUUUUACUUUGAAGGUUCGAAGCGGAAAUUGGUUGCAGUUCGUGUCCGUACCAGCAGCUCAUCUCUGGUCCGGGUCUGCGGAGACCAGCAGGCACUUUCAGUCCCGUGAUGUCAGGAAGCACGAUGAUAUCACAGGUCAGAAGGACAUUUUCUCUUUUAAACCAGCGAGCCUGCUCCUGGUCCUGCUCCAGAUCCAGGUCCAGCUUCUUCACAGACUCUGACAGUGCAGGGUUGGUCCUCCAGUCUCACUCCACCGAUGUGUACCAGAACCUGGCUCUGGAGGACUGGAUUGACGCCAACGUGGACCUGCAGGUGCGUAGCGUCUUGCUGCUAUGGAGGAAUCGGCCCGCCGUUGUCAUCGGGCGCCACCAGAACCCUUGGACCGAGUGCAACCUGCCGGCCAUGAGGAGAGCGGGCAUCCCUCUGGCUCGCAGGCGGAGCGGCGGUGGGACGGUCUUCCAUGACCUGGGCAACCUCAACCUGACCUUCUUCGCCUCCAAGAAGGCGUACGACCGGCAGAGGAACCUGAAGGUGGUCACAGACACGCUGAGGCGCCUCCGGCCCGGACUGGAUGUCCAGGCCACCGACAGGUUUGACAUCUUACUGAACGGACAAUACAAGAUCUCAGGCACCGCAUCCAGACUGAGCAGGAAGUCGUCGUACCAUCACUGCACACUGCUUCACUCUGCCGAUCGCUCCGCCCUCUCCUCCGUGCUCCGCCCUUCCUGCCCCGGCAUCCAAAGCAAUGCCACUCCCAGCGUCCCCUCACCUGUUGCCAACCUCCUAGACCAUGCCCCCUCCCUGCAAUGGGAGGAGCUCCUGGGUGCUCUGGUGCAGCAGUAUAACACAGAGUUCGGCCUCCACUCUGCGUUGACCAUCAUAGACCCAACUAAUGAGUCCAUGUUUCCUGGUGUGGGUGAGAUGGAGGUGGAGCUGCGGAGCUGGGACUGGACAUUUGGGAAGACGCCUAAGUUCACCAUGGAGACGCAGCUGGAGCUGACGAGUGAGCAGCCACCCGCUCGCUGCUCUGCUCGCCUGCAAAUGGAGGUGAAGAACGGGCGAAUCGAGAGCUGCCACUUGGACGUCCCGGUGCACUGGCUCCCCGUGCGGCUGAGCGGCGAGCUAACCAGUGUGCUGGUUGGGGAGAGGUUCUGUCCACAUAUAGCCGCCGCUGCCUUCAGCGCGCUGCUGCGCUCUGAGAGCGGGGCAACGCACACACGACUGCACCGCCUGUGUGAUGCCAUGCUCGCUGUGAUGGGCUGAGACGAGGCAAACAUUAAACACAAGUGAGAUGCUGCCCCCUGCAGGCUGCAUGCCACAUUACAGCCAGUUAAAACCUUAGAAAUUGAGGAGAUGUCUGUAUGUCUGAUGGGCAGAUCAUCUGAGCAAUAAACUGAUCGAUCGAUAAAGGAAAUGAUCGUCACAGCUGAGAGGUUUUCCUGGAACAGACAUUUACGGACAUCUGAGUUUUCAUUUUUUAGCCUCUCGAGUGAACAGAGCUGCUUUUUCACUUCAUUUGAAAUGCUUGAAAGGAGCUGCUGUGAUUUAUUCACAGCAGCUUGAGAAAACUGUUCAUGAAAAUUCCCACAGGUUAUUAUUAUUUUCUGUAUUUUAUUUGGUAAAAUACAAAAACAAC